UAUAGUCAGACGCUACCAGCAGGGACUCUCCAAAUAUAAUUAAUUUAAAUCAGACGAUGAUAACUACAGUUACAGCUGUUGCAUUGGUAUCAGUCGUUGUUUUAUCGCUAUCAAAGUCACAAGAAAUCACAGCAAACUUCAAAUGUAACAAGACUUUUCAAAAUCUUGUGUUGAAUCAUGGACUGAUAUUCGAGAUCAAUAGAGCAUCUAGGAUUCAUUGUGCAUCAAGUUGUAUUGAAAAUCAUUUGUGUAUUUCUUUUAAUUUUCACCAUGGAACGCAAAAAUGUCGAGGCUAUGAAACAUUAAUGUUGACACGUGAUGCUGGAACAUAUGAAGAAGGGUGGCUAUAUUACUUUCAUACGAUAAAUGGAUUCUGCCCAAAUAUGUAUGCUUUCAGCAGGCUAUAUAACUAUUGCUUGGGAUACGAAGGACAGUUUCUGGCUGCCGAUGGAUUUCACAAGUGUCAUGAAAAAGGAGGACAAUUACCCCUUAUACGAGGAGAGGCAGAGAUGAGAUUUGCUAGUUUGUUAGCUGCAAACUUCAAAAAUCUUUCACGAUUAUCCAAUAGAGACCUAAUGAUACAAGGAUCCUUUGACAAUACUGAUAUGAAAUGGAAAGAUGAUAUCAAAAACAUCCUGCCUUUUACUGUGUUUCUCCCUGGAAACGAAAUUCCAACGAAUACAGAACGUUAUCUCUAUCUAAGGAAACCCCUUUCAUUAGAAAGCUAUGUCAUGCAUCACCGUAAGGGAGAAACAUACAAAGCCAUCGUUGUUUGCAUGGUUAACUAGAUUAUGCACACGUACGUGAAUUAAGUAACCACUUUGUUUGCUCUCUCUCUCUUUCUCUCUCUCACUCUCUCUCU